AUGGACGACCCGUUGCAGGAACGCACUAGACGGCUGUUGACUGACUUCUUGACGUUCUGUGCUCGGGAGCCGGGUGUCCCCGAGUCACCGCCCACAUCGGCCGAGGCCGAAUUGCUGCGCUCCCUGGCAGCACGGAUGCAACGGCAGCACGAGGCUUUCUUCUCCCCCUUCUAUGGCUACCAGGGCAACCGGGUGGAGCUGGUGAGACAGAUGGCGGAUGGGGUGUUCUCCGAUGGCCAAAACUUCAACUGGGGCCGCCUGGUGCUGCUCUUGACCUUCGCGGGGACGCUUCUGAAUCAAGACCGUAGCAAGGCUACCACGCAGAUGAAUGGUCUGAACAAUCAAAUGCAAGUGGCCCGAGACUGCCAGCUCAUAGUGGACUUACUGUGUAAUCUGCUCCUGAGACAGCAUCGCUCGUGGCUAGAGGCUCAUGACGGCUGGGAUGGCUUUUGCGAUUUCUUCAGGAACCCCUUCCCAGUCAUUGUUUGGAGGAGAGUGCUCAUCAAGGCUUUUCUGACCUGCAUCAUUGCGACGACCAUCCUGUAUAUCUGGAAAAAAUUUUAA